AUGAGUAGCGUGACAGUUCUCUGCCCGAACGCUAAAAGAUGUCCUGUGAGGGUAACACCAAGCAUGUUGAUGAAGCAGGUGCUAGAGGAGGCAUGUUUGAAGAAUGGCUUUGAUGCAGAUGAGUAUAAGCUGCUCAACCAAAAUCGUCAUAUCGACCUCGCCCUACCCUUCAGGCUUAGCGGCUUACCCAACAAUGCUACACUUGAGAUGGUGAAAGCAACGAAAAAUGUAUCGAACUCAGUGGUCACAAUAGCCUUACAGCUCCCCAGUGGAUCAAGGAUGGAGAACACAUUUCCAGUUACCUCAUCCCUGUUUGAAAUGUUAGCGUUUUUCUCGCAGUCUGCGAACAAAGAUCUAACAGCUACUGAUGAUUCAUCAACGCCAACUUGUAGCUAUAUGAAUCGGCAGUACACUGGGCCAGCUGAACUGCGAAGCACGACGUUUUCUUCAAUUGGAAUAUCUACUGGAAAGUGUCUCAUAAGAUACCAGCGUGUUCCUUUGUCCAAAGAACAACAGAACGAAAUAGCAGCACGAAUAGCUAAUGAUGCAGCGGAGAAGGAGGCGCUGCUUGCUAACUAUGAAAGGAUGAAAGCCGAAAAUGAGAGCAGAGCUCAGCUUGAAGCUGCUCGUUUGAAACGAUUCGAGGAGGAGUUGCGUUUGGAAGAAGAAAGGAAAAAAUCUAUCAGUGCGAUGACUGCGGUAGAGGAACGAGCGAACACUAAUAAUCAAGUCUCACAGUACGACGAAUAUUUUCUUCUAGUAGAUACAUCUUUGAGCAGACCACAAUCGGAGCAUGAUAGACUUACUGAUAUCCUUGCCCAAGAAGGACGUGUGCCCCUGUCACGCAUUGCCAUUGAAGCUACCCGUUCAGAGGAAUCGGAAGAGGCACCUCCCGUUGUUAGUCCAGCUAAUUCCACUCCCCCAUGCGAGCGGCAGCCGGUUGUUUUCCAACGUCGGAUGAAAUUCGAAUGGAAUGACAUGGAAGCAGGCCUAAGUGACGAUUUCUUCGAAGUUAGCGUUGAUGACGUGAAAGCCCGACAAAAAGAACUUCGAGAAGAAGUCAGGUUAAGUACCCAACGCGCUCUCAUUUCCGCACAAUAUGUAAAGCAGAAGAAUAGAGAGAGGAAAUUGACUGCUUAUCGCCAUACCGUAAUCAGGAUUCCGCUCUGCAAUGAAAGAAUGAUUCAAGCACAGUUCCUCAGCGCGGAACCGGUUGCUCGACUUUUCGAAUGGAUUCGUUCUAUAAUAUCGCGCAACAUACCGUUUUCCAUAAAGCUUGCACUGAUCUAUAACAUAGAAGAGUCGACUUCGAUGAAUUUCGUGGAUGCGGAGUUGGCGCCCAAAUCCACUGUGGUCGUCAGGUUCAGGGAUUCAAUGUCCUUUGAAUCUCUUCUAUUGAAAGACAAGUUGCAAGAAUGUACUCAGGACGAAGCGGACCGAUUGAGCACGAUUUGGCUGUCGGUGAAUUCAAUGUUCAAGCCGUACACGGCUGUUGUAGAGGAGGAGGAGCGUAUAACGAAAAGACCCGGUGGUACAAGAGAUUCUACGAAUUCGGACUAUGCUCCACCUCCUGAAAAAACAUCCUCGGCUCCAAGAUGGCUCAGAAGAAAUUGA